AUGCUCGAACCAUCAUCCCAUUUCCAAUGGCAGAUUGAGUCGAUGGCAGGAGUGGUGGCGGUGCGGCAACGGCACUUCUGGUCCUUCACUCCCAAGAUGCUAGUGGGCUCCAUUCACGUGCUCAUCUCUCUAGAUAGCCUCAAAAAUAGGGCCAAGGAGGGAGCUGCAGCGGCGCAUCACGGAGAUGCUUAUAGCGAGUACGGGAACAAGCAGCGGCGGCUGGAGGCGGUUCAGCAGCUGCGGCAGUCGUUGAGGCGGCGGGUUUCGGAUGUAUUCCGGGCGGUUGGGAUCACUCACGUAACGGUGGAGAUCGAGGAAGCAUCGACUCACCAACUGCACCAGAGGCAACUGCACCAUCGGCACCACCAUCAUCCUCACCAUUCCCACGCCUCGCCUUUCCACACCCCCUCCCAUGCAUUCUCCCCCCACGCUGCACAAUAA